AGACAGACAAAAGAAAGUCGAGGCAAGGUCUCCUCCUCCAUGUGCUCCCUCCUUGUAGGUAUGAGAGAAACAACAAAGACUCGCAUCAGGACCACAGCCGGACAACAGCACAGACAGGUCUCGGAACACAAUAGCGGGGACUUGCAAACAAAAGCAUGUUUGCAGGUUUUGCACUAUGCAGAAGUCUUCAUAUAAUUACAUUCCUCUUGGCGUCUCUCUGCUGCAGCAGUCGGGAGUCUUUUUCUUCUGUCAGUUCUGGCAGAUUUCCACCAAACAUGCGCAUUUAGAAACGAAGCCGAUCAUUUGAAGACGCCCAGGUCGAGACCGAAACGGAGCAAGUGUUCAGAUAUUUUAAUGGGACGAAGCAAGAGACGAGAGCUGCCCAGAAUAAACUAAAGGGAAAAGAGGAGCGGAGAGGUGUGAACUGAAAGUGGACAUCGAGGGCCAAGACACCUGAACUGAUUCCAGAGUUGAAUGUUUUUCAAAGGGCGCUCUCCAUGGAUAUAGACACAGACUAUGAGCGGCCCAAUGUGGAAACCAUUAAAUGUGUGGUGGUAGGGGAUAAUGCAGUAGGCAAGACCAGGCUAAUCUGUGCUCGGGCUUGCAAUGCCACCCUCACACAGUAUCAGCUGCUUGCCACCCACGUGCCAACCGUCUGGGCCAUCGACCAGUACCGCGUAUGCCAGGAGGUGUUAGAGAGAUCUCGUGAUGUAGUGGAUGAGGUCAGUGUGUCCCUGAGGCUAUGGGACACAUUCGGGGAUCAUCACAAAGACAGACGAUUUGCCUACGGCAGGUCUGAUGUAGUGGUGCUUUGCUUCUCUCUGGCUAAUCCCAAUUCCCUGCGCCACGUCCGCACCAUGUGGUUCCCAGAGAUCAAACACUUCUGUCCCCGGACGCCCAUUAUCCUGGUUGGCUGCCAGCUGGAUCUGCGCUAUGCCGACCUGGAUGCAGUUAACCGUGCGCGGAGACCCCUAGCCAAACCUAUCAAACCUACAGAUAUCCUUCCUCCAGAGAGAGGUCACGAGGUGGCAAAGGAACUUGGGAUUCCAUACUACGAGACCAGCAUUGUUGCACAGUUUGGAGUGAAAGAUGUUUUUGACAAUGCUAUCAGAGCCGCCCUAAUCUCUCGUCGACACCUGCAGUUCUGGAAGUCCCACUUGAAAAAGGUCCAGAGGCCUCUUCUCCAGGCACCCUUCCUUCCUCCACGCCCACCACGUCCCAUAGUGGGUAUCCCAGAUCCCCCUCCGAUGGAUGGGGAGGGCCCCGAUUCCCUUUUCUGCCAGCCACUGUGUGCAGAUGUUCUUUUUCUCUUGCAGAGUGGCUCCACUCGUGUCUUUGCACACAAAGUCUAUCUGGCUACGUCUUGCUCCAGGUUCUAUGACCUCUUCACUCUUGAUCUUGGCGGAUCAUCUAUGGUGCCACGGGGGGAGGAACAGGAGACCAAGGAAAACUUGGAGAACGUGGAAGAAGAUGAGCAGAGCAGGAGAGGAGCCAAGGAGCAAGCUGGUCGCACUAAGAGCCUGGACAUUGAUAAAGAUGGAGUUGAUGGAGCAGUGCGAGGCCUGAAUCAAUCCCAGCUGCUCCAGCAGGGCUCUUUGAGGACUUCCCAGAGUGAUAAUGCACUCCCCUCUCGAGCCCAGUACUAUCUUGGAGUGCUAGGGACUGGACGAGCACUUUCCGGAUGGGGAAGGGGUUUUUUGAGUGUGUGUCUGGAGCAUAUUGAUGAUCCCGUGACUGGACGACCACGACUCAUGACUGUGGUAGCCAUGGAUGCACUUAUACAGGAAAAGCCAUUCAAGGCGGUGCUUCAGUACCUGUACACAGGCAGUCUGGAUGAGGGCCGAGGGGAUCUAAUGCAGGUGGCCACCAUUGCAGAGCUACUUGAGGUGUUUGAUCUGCGGAUGAUGGUGGCCAAUGUUCUGAACAGAGAAAGCUUCAUGAACCAGGAGAUUACCAAGGCCUUCCAUGUCCGCAGAGCCAACCGCAUCAAGGAGUGUCUCAAUAAGGGCACAUUUGCUGAUGUGGUGUUCCGACUGGAUGAUGGCUACCUCCCAGCCCACAAGCCCCUGCUCAUCUCCAGCUGUGAUUGGAUGGCGGCCAUGUUCCGGGGCUCGUUCAUGGAAAGCUACAUUAAGGAGGUACCUAUUCCUAAAACCAGUACAGCGUGUAUGCGUGGAGUGCUGGAGUUCCUGUACUGCGGUCUGCUGACACCCUGUCCAGGUCUAGAGCCCAUGGAACUGAUCGUUCUGGCCAACCGUCUCUGUUUGCCACGUCUUGUCGCCCUCACAGAACAGCAUGCUGUGGAUGAGCUUCUCCAGUUGGCAGUGAAAGGAGCUGACAUUGAUGGACAGGUGUUGGCUUACCUGGAGCUUGCACAGUUUCACAAUGCCAAGCAGCUAUCAGCUUGGUGUCUCCAUCACAUCUGCACUAAUUAUAAUAGCAUCUGCCGCAAGUUUCCCAAAGACAUGAAGGCCAUGGCUCCAGAAAAUCAGAGGCACUUUGAGAAGCACCGGUGGCCUCCUGUGUGGUUCCUGAAGGAGGAAGACCGCUAUUUGCGAUCUCAGAAAGAGCGCGAGCGCGAGGAGGAGAUCUUGCGCAAGCAACACACUAAAAGGGGCUGGUGCUUCUGGAGACACCCAUCCUCCUCGCCGCACGUCUCCUAAAGGGUUUCCUCCACUGACUUCUUUAUCCUUACUUGGGUCAUCAUACCCAGGAAAACAACCCCCUCCCUAACGCAUACAGAGGUGGUCGGCUUUGAACCUUCUGUUGGUCGAGAAAUUACUCUCAGUGCUACUAUGCCUGUUUUGGGGGAAUGUAUGUGCCUCUUUAUAAUUGUGGGUGAGUUUAUGGGUGUAUUUUGGUAUGCUUUAGUGACAAGUGUGGACUUAACUGAAGGGUAUAUACAUGGAUGUGGCAGUGCAUGUGAGUGGUGUUAUGAGUGAUGCUUCCAGGUUGAGUGCUUCCUAGGCGCACUGUUCUAUAAUGGCUUGCAUGCAGUGCAGCCCCUCAUCCCAUCCACAAGAGCUCUGUCCCUCCACCAGCACUCACAGCGUUUCAGCCUUUGAGUGAUUGGACUAUGAGCAAGGGCUCUCUCUCUGUCUCCAUCCUUCACAUUGCCCUUAAAGACUUGCACACUGACCACUGCAGCUCCUCUUGGGGAGCAUACCUCUGCCUUCACUUCUACUCAGACUGUUAGCUUGCACACACAGACCUGUGUCCAAGAUCCACCCCUCUAAAACCAGCAAUGGACUCCCAGGAAUGGACACUGACAAUGUAAUUAUUAUUAUUUUGAUGUUAUUUUACAUCUUUAUAUAUUUUGUGUGUGUUCUAGGACACUGUGGCGCACACAACUCCCAGUAAGGUUUGAGGCCCUUGACGACUGCAAUUGCAACCGCAAAGUUGAGACUGUUAGUCGAGAGCCUAGGUUUGGUUAACCUUAAAAUUGUUAAAACAAUCUAGUAGGCUUGAUCAUAGCUAUCAGCCUCCAGUCUUGUCCUGACAUGGUUUUUGGUGUCGACCAUUCACCCCUUCACCCUCCAUCCCCUCCUGCUGCACACCACACCUACAAAAACACACACACACACAAGCUGUCCUUGAUGAGUUGGAUUCACCAAACUGCACUUCAGACAGUGACCACUCUGUACCACUGAUGGGGUUAAAGAGGGCUAGCCUUACUUGAUACUUCUGCCAUGAAGGAAUGAUGGAUACAGCAUUAAACAAAUGAGCUUGCAACAUCCACCCAUGGCCACUAGGUUGCAUUGAAGCACCCAAGCCAGCCUGCCUUUACACCCCUACACCACUGGGGGCAGCAUUACUCAGGGCCCCAGCACUAACCUCCACACUAACAGGAGUUUGUAUGCCUGUGAUCUCUUUACUCUAGUUUCAGUUAUUAAGAUUGUCAAUAUAAUAUCAAUCCUUAUAAAGUGUUAGAAGAAAACUAAAGCACAUGCACAGUAUUAGUAGUGCAUUAAAAGAAGUAUAUCUAUAGAUUUUCACCUGAUUCUCAAUACCAAAGCUACGAUUCUUUCUUCCUCACUUUCUUCAUUUCUGCUUCCCUGCUUCCUUUACUGGUAAGACAGGAGGGUGGAGAGAAGAAAAGGUGACUUGUAGGAGAGGGAGGCAGGAUAUAAGAUGGUAAUAUUUGAAUCCUUCCUUGUGGUGGCAUUUUCAGUCUGUGGUAUUAGGGGAAAAGUGUCACUGCUCUACACUGCCUUCCAUUCCUCCUGCUGGAAUUGAAAAUGGUGCUUAAAAUGCAAUAAGACAGCAUUCACAUGAACACGCAGACACACAUACGGUUUUAUGUUCACAGCUUAACAUUCUGUCUAAUUGUUUAGCGUUUACCUGCAAUGAAUGUGCAGAAAUGUGAAGAUGAUGUUCAAAUAUGUCACAUAAGUUUUUCUUUUCUAUACACUAACAGUCUGUAAGAGGCCACAGUUGGUCAGUGAAUGUGUAGAUUUCUGUUCUUACAUACAGUGGUUGCAACCUUUUAAUGCCUUUUACUGCUUUUAUGUUCAAAACCAGUGCGAUCUGUUUUGCUUCCAUAUUAACCAGGGAAACAAUAUUUACUUUAGAUUGAAUUUGAAAUUAUGAGUGUCGUCUCAAAGGAAAAGGUUUGAUUUUAAACCGCAUAAGAGAGCAGCUCACAUUUUCUCAAGAAGAGUGCUAAUUUCUUUGGGCUUUAGUCCUGAAUGUGAAAACAAGACUUCAUGGUGAUGCGUUUCUAUUAGCACGCUGUUCUAUUUGUGGGUCUGUGCACCUCAGCUUUACCCUGGCACCUGCAGGAGAUAGACUGUGUGAGACAUGUGGGUUCUGCCAUUCUCAAUGGGAGGUGUGUUAAAGUCAUUGUCAGCUACCGAAAUGGAAGUCAGAUAGGCCCUUAUGAGGCCCAAGUGAGAAUUGAGCUGAUUCCUCUAGGAAAGAAUGAAAGUGGAGUAAAAGUGAACAAGUCUCAGUCAGCAUUACAAGCAUCCUACACCAUUUGGAGUGAUUCCACAGAUAUUUAAAUACAUCCCAGUGCAGAGCUAUGGGACUUUAAGAGGAGAAAGUUGAGGGACAGUUUUGAUGGUCUUCUGUAGCCUCUUUAUUUAGUUGCCUGUAGAAGGAAUAGCUAUUAGAUUUAUCUUGUUAUUGCUUGGGAUGACUUGUUAAGCCUCUUGUGUUGGUCCACGUGCCUUACAGUUGGCCAAAACUGAGCAGACCUACAGAAAGGUCCAGCAGUGGCUGGCAUGAUGGACACAGUAGACAGUGGCCAUGAUAAUGCUGUAACUGCAAAUUGGAUUAUGGUGUUGCUUUAGAUGUUAUCCCUCUUGAGGCAGCUCGAGCCACGCCUAAAGAGAAUAUUAAGGCCUACUGCUCUAUGAGCUCUUGGUUUGAGCUCUACAAGCUCUUGGUCUAAUCAUAGGGCCUUAGAUCAUUCUACUCUUUUUCUACACUGAUAAUUAUUCAGAUGUAGAAAAAGAGUGGCUUCAUGGGAUUCUCAUUCGAUCAAGUGAUUGUGAGGUAGCAUUAAAAAUGAGCACGGACUGACCUGUGUACUGGGUAGGGUGCAGCCACUUUUAGAAUGAGGUUAAUUUGCAUGUUGGCUUAACUUUGUCCUUAUGACACUUGGAAUGCACUUUUUUGUCUGUGACUAUACCUUUUGUGUUCUUUGCUGGAAUCGUUCCUGAUGUAAGAUUAUUUCUAAACCUGAUGAUUGUAGCAUAAUGUUUCCACUGAAGUCUUUCAAAUUUUCUCACAACCUUUUCAGUGAGAAGCUGAAUAUCAUGAAUUGUCCAGCUUUCUUUUAAUGGCCUAUUUGCCACUGAACCCCACAGUAGCUUUCUUAUUGCUUUGUGGCUUUAUCCACAUGUUCAGUUUUACCAAAUUAGCUCAGCACAGCUUAAAGUAGCAGCACUAAAUAUGCCACUUAAAUCGGUGGUAGAAAGUAACUGAAUACAUUUAUUUAAGUAGAGUUUUGAGGUACUUGUACUUGAGUGUUUUAAUUUUGAGCUAAUUCUUACUUUUAGAGGGAAAUAUUGUUCCUGUUAUUGCCACUACAUAAAUCUGUUUGUAAAUCUGUAAAUCUGUUUUAUAACUUUAGCUACUGGUUACUUUUCAGAAUCAAAGUAGCAAAACAAAAUACAGUAUAAUUGAAAGACUGUUGAUCUCUGGCAGAAAAUUCACAAGCUACGCAGCAGUAAUUCAAAUUAUAAGAUUAUAAACGUGUUAAAAUAAGCUCCACCUUUACCAGCUACAGCAUUAAAUGUGAUGUACCCAAUAAUGCAUCAAUAGUUAUAAUCCAAU